ACCACUUUUUUGACGUAUGAAUCAUUCUUCCCAAGAUGGCGUCAAUCCACCUGUUCCUCCGGUGGUGACAAUUCUACCAGUUUCUUGACAAAACACGAAAACUAAACUCGCAUUUUAACGACGGGCGGCGCAGUUUAACAGCUGGACUCAACUUCACCGUGGAUAAUGUCCACGGAGGAGCUGUCGGCGUCGGACAGUGAGGCUGUCUUAGCCGGCGCUGGGGAGCGAUGGGCACCGGUGGGCGCCGUGGCCAGUCCCGAGGAUGAGAGCGGGAGCGGCGGCGCUGUACAUCCGAAGCAGAGAGGCUCGUCCUCGGCCAGCGACGAGGAAAUGGCCUCCAAGCUGCGGAGGCUGGAAGAGGAGCAGGAGCAGCUGAACUCCUCUCUGCUCGCCCUCACCUCCCACUUCGCGCAGGUUCAGUUUCGACUCAAACAGAUCGUCCACGCCCAGAGCGACGAGAAGGAGAGGAUGCUGGCGGAGCUGGAGGAGUUCGCCUUCCGAGGCUGUCCUCAUGUGGUGGGCUGCAGGGCUCAGGACGCCAAACAGCUGCUGGAGAACUCGACCGAGCGGGAGAAGAGGGAGCGUCUGGAGGCUCAGAGGGAGAAACAGAAGGACCUCAUUCUCCAGCUGAAGACGCAGCUGGACGACCUGGAGCGCUUCGCCUACCAGGAGGGCAGCUAUGACUCGCUGCCGCAGUCGGUCGUCAUGGAGAGGCAGAAGGUCAUCAUCGACGAGCUGAUCAAAAAGCUGGACGUGAACCUGAACGAGGACAUCGGGAACCUGACGCCGGAGGAGCUGAGGCAGAGAGUCGACGGUGCCAUCGCUCAGAUCGUGAACCCGGUGAGGGUCAAAGAGCAGCUGGUGGAGCAGCUGAAAACCCAGAUCAGGGACCUGGAGAUGUUCAUCAACUUCAUCCAGGACGAGGUGGGGAAUCCUCUCUUGUCGGACGUUGGACACGACCAGCAGCCGCAGGCAGCAGGAUCCAGCGCCAGAACUCCAGGACUGAAGAAGAAAGUGGACCCUGAACAGGCCCAGAGGAUGCGGGAGACCGGCCUGCAGCUCAUCCAGAAGGCCCUCGCUGUGCUGCAGAUCUUCGCCGCGAGUCAGUUCGGCUGCGCGGCAGGACACGUCCCCCAGAGCAUGUGGCCUCAGGAGCCCACAGUGAGAGACUACGGGCCCCUGCUGCAGCGCCUGGAGGCGGCCGUGGACAGAGUGCGGGUGCUGGGCUCGUGCAGGCAUCAGCCCGUCGAACACAUCGUCAACUACACCAGCAACGCGGCCCUUGGGCCCCGCGACGAGCUGACGACGGUCGUGAGGAAGGAGCUGGCGAUCGCUCUGAAGGACUUGUUGUCUCACGGCCUCUUUGCGCCCUCUCAGACCAUGAGCCUAGUGCUGGCCCCCAUUUCCUGUCUGCUGCCGUACAGACCAGAGACACAGACCAUGCACCCGUGGGAGCUCUUUGUCAAAUACUACCACUCCAAAAACGGGAAGGCCUUUGUGGAGACGCCGGCCCGGCAGCUCUCACAGUCCUUCAGACUGCCUGUAGGGGGCGGCCCAGUGACUAUCACCCCUAAGCAGUCGCUGCUGUGGGCCGUCCACACCGUGCUGAAGGAGCACGGACGCUACAAGCGGGGGCCAGACACAGAGUUCAAAGCGCUGGUGUGCAUGGCUCUGAACGAGCAGCGGCUGGUGUCGUGGCUCAACUUGCUGUGUAAGUCGGGGGCGCUGAUCCAUCCGCACUACCAGGCCUGGAGCUACAUGGCACAGACCGGCUUCGAGGGAGCCCUGCGCAUCCUGGGCCGCAUCAGCCACCUCAAGUUCAGCCUCCCCGUGGACCUGGCUGUCCGGCAGCUGAAGAACAUCAAGGACGCUUUCUGAGGAGCGCUUUAUCGGUGGAAGAACCACGCGACGCUUACUGUACCUGCAUGUGUUUGUACUUCAAGUAGGUCACGUUUUAAAGGUCAUUUAAGCAGCCGUCAAAUCUAUAGUCCAAGACAAUAAUUAUUCCGACUAAAAUAUCAUUAUGAUAACUGCAAAACAUUUGCUUUAAAGUUUUGUUUUUAGAUCGUGUUCGUACAAAUACAGCGGAAACAGAUGAACUAACGCAACUCAUAUUUCAAAAUAUGUUACUAACAUUUGAAUAGGAGAAAACAUGAGACGAAAAACGCAACUUUCGGUAUUUUAGGGCAGAAUUAUGUGUCGCUACUUGGGCUCACAGACACGAGAUGAUGAGAGAAAUUUUGUAUUGCGAUAGUCUCGACCGAAAUAACUGCAAUUCAUGAUGUUACUGUGAUGGUUUUAAAAAUCUGCUUUAAACUUUAUCUAAAGCCAACAGCAAUUCAACGAUAUGAACAUUUCUUUAUCGUGAUUUACGAUAUUACUGCGAUGCUAAUUAAAAAAAUGCUUUCAAUUUUUACAGUGGCUAUAAACACGUUUUUUUUACUCGUAUCCAUUAGCUUACGCUAUGUGCACAAGUUACCACAAAUGAUGAAACAGAUGAAGUAAUUCUACAAUUUUUUUAAAGAAAAAACGGGAAUUAUGUUGCCAAACCAAAUGUCAACUUCCAGCGUUAGGGGGCGGAGCUUUGACCACCUCGUGGCCACACCUGUUGCAUUGUUGCUGCUGUUGCUAACGUGCGUGGGACAAUGCGAAAAACUCGACGUCAGGAUUAUUAUCGUAAACUGACAAUUGUGCUAUUAUUGUUAUGUGUAAAAAAAAUAGCAGAUUUUAAUCCAAAAACACUGAAAUCACUUUACCUUUCAUUUGUUUUUUCUUUUCUGUUAAUUCAUCUAACGCUACUAAAAAUAGGUUUCUGAGGUCUCAAACUUGCGGCUCACGGGCCACAUGCAGCCCCAUGGCCAGUUUCAUGUCAACUCAAUAUCAACUUAUAAUGAAGUAUAUCUUAGUUUUUUUAUUAACAGAUUGAUUUUGCGUAAAUGUUUAAUUAUUAAUAUAUUGUUCCUUUUCAAAACAACUGCUUUUAUUUAGAAAAAUCUUCACAAAUAUUGUUUUUGCAAUGUCACGAUGGAAUAUCUUGAUGUAGUUUUAAACUCCCGUCUUUACUCAACCGUUCAGUUCAGUGGCCCUCAGGUCAUUUGGGUUUGAGAACCCUGGUUUUCUCGUCACUUUAAAGUCGAUUAGGGCUGCAACUAACGAUUCUUUUCAUAAUCGAUUAAUCGAGUAAUUGUUUGGUCCAUAAAACGUCAGAAGCUGAAAAAUCAGAAAACUUGUUUUAAUUCCUUUAAAACGCUCAAAUUAAUCCAUUGUCGAUUAAUAAUCGAGUAAUUGUUUCAGCUCUAAAGUCGAUAAAACAUUUAAUCAAUGCAGCUCUGUUUAUAAUAGCACAUUAUUUUGGACAAUUCUACAGCCGUUAAGUCAAAAUAAAUCCAGACGGCCUGAAUAUCAUGCUGGUCAUGGUUAAUGGACUAAACAACUACAAAAAUGAUGGACAGACAGAAAAUAAGUGUUUGCUGCAGCCCUAAUACACACUACGGUAAUAUACUGUAGAAACUUUCGACAUAAAUUACUGCAAGAAUGAUGUAAACAAACUUCAGGGGCUCCUUUGCUGAGCUCAAUCAAUCACAUGUAGCAGAGCAAAACCACUCAGGUCAGAGAGAAAUGAGAAAUAUCUUCGAUUUUUUCAGUCAGGGUGUGAUGUUUUUGUUGUUUAACAUUUUAAGAAUGUUAAAAUGUGACAUGUACUGUACGUAAACAUUCUGCUGUGAUGAUUCCGACCCUGUAUGAACUGCUGCUCUUUCCCCACUGACGUGUUUGACGUGAUUGUACGCUGUCAUUUCACUUUGUUUUCGUUUAAAUGUCCCUCAAACUGUUGAGAUGCACAAAUCAUAUCCUGAAAAGGGAUAGUUGAGGGUUUUUUUCUUGAAGAAACUGUUGCUGUCGUCGUGUAGUGGGUACUUAGAUUUAUGCUGCUGUUCACACGGGACGCGAUUGAUCGUGUCUAUCGCAUCCACACACAAAAAUAAUAGUUUCCCCCGAGUGGAUUUUGGACACUGGCGAGUAUGUGACAUCUGGAGAAUCUCAACACUGAUUGGCUGUCGCUAGAGCUGCGGCUAACGAUUAUAUACAUAAUCGAUUAAUCUGUCGAGAAACGUAGAAAAAAUAUUGAUCAGUGUUUGUCAAACUUGGAUAUGAUAAUGUUCUCAAACGUCUUGGUUUGUCCACAAACGAAAAUGAUUCAGUUUUCAAUGACGUCUUUGGUAUAUGGAGCAAAGAAACCAGAACAUGUUCACAUUUAAUAAUGAAAAAACCCUCAAAUCGAUUAUCAAAAUAGUUGACAAGAUUAAUUUAGUAAUCGAUUAAUAAUCGUUUCAGCCCGAGUCAUGGCGUCAGUGCUGUUUUUCACAAAAGUUGAACAAUUUCAACUCGAGCAACGUAAUGUAAAGUUGUCGUGUAACAAAUUUUGCAUCGGUCUGGUGUGAACACAGCAUAAGUCGUGCUAUGUUUGUAGAAAAAGGCCAUCUAAAGGUGUUUAGCACGGGUGACAGCAUCUUUAUUUGGUGGAAGUUUAGAUGAGGCUUUUGUUAAGUGGCUAAAAUCUGUGUCCCUAUUGUUCCACAUGCAGGGGGCGCUGUGCCAGUACCUCACACAACCAAAAGCAAAAAAAAAACCUGAACUAUCACUUUAAAUACUGAAUGUAAAAAACCAUAGAUGCUUUUAAACUGAGGUUGUUUUACAGGUGGUGUAGAACUUAAUGGUUCCUGGGUCCAGACCUCUCACAGAUUAUUAAAAAAAACCAUUAUUAAUUCACCUGGACACACACAUGUUUUUGUUUUAUCUUGUGUUUAUGUUGUGCUUUGUUCUGGGCUGUAUUCACUACGUAAACCGUGUAUUUUCGGACAUUUAUUUAUUUAGGUUUUAGCUCAACACUGAAGUAAGAAAGAACAUAUGACGACAUAUCAGAUGAUUCAAGUAGCCGCUGUCACAUCGCUGAUGAUUUAAAUCGUGUUAAUAUAUUAUUUUUUAUUUUUAAAUCCCUUUAAUGACAGUUAAUAUAUUGGGUGACAUGAAGAGUGGACUUGAUUUUGUGUUUUUAUCAUGUUUUGUUUCAUACCUACUGUACCUACUGCUGUAAACACAGGAAACGUGUAAUAAAUGAACCGCUGUGCUGUU